AUGACUAGAAGCCAAGUUCGGAAGAAGAGCAAGAGACUCCACUUCGAGGAUGAACCCGAAGCCACUGUACAAGAAGAACGACGUAGGCGAAUUUCCAAAGCACAAGAUGAAGAGCAGAGGUGGCCAAUACUUAAGGCCAUCAUCAGCUAUGAAACCGAAACGAUGAGCUACAAGGAUGCUCGAGAUGCGUGGAAAUGGUGUGACAAGUUCAUCUUAUCCAGUAACAACAUACUCUAUUAUGUUGUUGCAACUAGACGGAAGUCGGAAGAUGACCAACCGGAGUUGGUGUUGAGACUUGUGGUACCGACAACUAUGAUUCAAGAAGUGCUGCAGAAUUGUCAUGACUCUAUUGAGGGUUGCCAUCAAGGUGUCAUAGUGAAGCAUGACUACUACUGGAUUGGGCUUUAUGCAGACGUGGGAAAACAUGUGAAGUCGUGCCUUGACAGUAGCUCGAGUAAGAGCGCAUCACAGCUCAAAGGCUACUCACCUGGCAAUAGCGACCAUUCCAAGUGGUGUGACGGAUUUUGUCACCCCGCUACCGAGAUCGCCUCGGGGCAAUACAGCCCUACUACGCAGACAGUGCUCGUCCGCUGGCCAACGUCUUCAAAGAGUGUACCCAAAUUCUUUUCACCUUCGCUGAUACGCCAUGACCGUGACCCUCUCUUCAUGGGCGAAGUGCUUCGAGCAUUUGCUGAGUUGAUACAAGCGAGGACAUGGUCUAAACUGAGUUGUUGUGCGCAGGCAAGUGUCCAGCAGGAACGCUCAAUGAUAAUAGUUACGCAGGCAGUGAAAGUCUAUGUCGAAGACCCAUUGCACCAAGACUGGGAUGAAAUUGCAGAGCGACUUGCAUUUGCUAUUAACAAUUCACAUGACAUGAGGAGAAAAAAGACCCCAUUCUGCCUAGUGCACUGA